AUGGAGGCCAAACACCUAUACCUCCCGGCAGCUCUAACCGCCCCGGUUAUGUACGUGGGGUCAUUGUACAUAUUAGAUAGAGAUCAAUUUCAUUCUGAUCAUCCAGUAACGAUCAAGAAACGAUUCAUUGGAGUUGCAGCUAGCACAACUAUCACUGUUAUGUCAACUUAUAUUUUGCUGUAUCAAGUAAGGUUCUUGAAUUUUUGAGAGAUUAUUAAGCUUAGGCUUAUAAGGUUCGUGCUUAGUAGGUUUGUGCUUAGUAGGCUUAGGCUUAGUAGGGUAGGCUUAGUAGGCUUAGGCUUAGUAGGCUUAGGCUUAGUAGGCUUAGGCUUAGUAGGCUUAGGCUUAGUAGGCUUAGGCUUAGUAGGCUUAAGCUUAGUGACCUUAGGCGUAGUAGGCUUAGGUCUUAAAACUAAAAAAAAUUUCAGGAUUUUAAGACGCCUCAUACUGUAAUGGGUUUAUAUGCAAAUCUAGAUACGCUAGAAAAAUGUUUGCAUAGCUUCAUACUGACAUCCUCAAUAUAUCUUGGCACAUUUUACAUGGAGAUACUCGAUGGAACGUGGGGAUUUUACUCUGCUUUUUGUAAGUUUUUUCAAACAUUUUAAAUUUUAAAAAUUUGUUUUGAAAUUUGAAAUCUCAGGAUAUGAAAAUUUUAAAAACUUUUAAUUUCCAGCCCCCUUCGAAUGGCUAGCCUGCCUAAAAGACCUGGUAUGGCUGCGAAACAAUGUGAUCGCUCCAAUCACGGAAGAGCUGGUGUUCCGAGGCUGUGCCGCCGUCCUAAUCCAACAUUCUCUAGGAAAACCGUGUGCCCUGUUCUUUAGUCCACUCCUCUUUGCCAUAAGCCAUUAUCAUCACUUGAGGAACGAUAUUAACCAUGGAUCAACGGUAACUCAGGCUCUAUUGACACGAACGUUCCAAGCUACCUAUACCUACUUGUUUGGUGGGUAUGCGACGUUUUUGACACAACAAUAUGGACAAAUCUUGCCGACCAUUUUGAGUCAUGCCUUGUGCAAUAGUAUGGGACUGCCGAGAGUUUGGGAUCUGAUGGACUAUCCCAAGAAACAUCGGUUUUUUAUUGUAGUCGCGAAUAUGGCUGGACUGGCUGGGUUUGCUUACGGGGUUUAUAGGAUGAUUUGA